AUGGACCUCUUCCCCGACGGGGGCUUCGUGCGGCUGCGCAACCGCGCGCGCGACAAGUACGUCCACGCCGACGAGGACGCGAGCGGGGUCUCCCUGCGCCCGCUCGGCGCGGUACCCUUCCGAAACGUGGUGUGGAAGGUGAAGGUAUGGCCCGUGGAAGGUGUCAACUACCUCCUCCUCGAGGGCGCCGCCUACGGUCGGCACCUCGCGGCCCCGAACGAGGACGAUCAUGCGCCGUCCGGCCACCGCGGCGUCCGCGCCGUCCAGCUCGACUUCAAUUCGCUGGACCAGAAGGGUUCCUUCGUGUGGUUGGCCGUAAGGGUGGAAGCCGGCCAGAACUACGUCCGGUUGCACAACAAGGACCAGCGCUACCUCCGCGCCCAGCGGACUGUCCGCGCCAACGGCAGGCACCGCUACUGGAACAACCUCGUCACCGUCGAUGUCAGGAACGACGACGAGACCACGAUGAUGCAGUGGAGGGUCGAGGCCAUCCCUUCGACCCCGGAGCUGCUGCCCCUCCCGCCUCCACCUCCACCUCCGGUGAGUUCGCCAUCAUUUCUCCUUUCAACUCCUCUGCUCCUUGCGUCCAUCCCGUGA